ACCCAACUCGUACAUUUCGCGUCUGCUACACUUCUUGCCAAACCUUUCCGAUUCGACUAGGCAGCCUCUCAACUCUACCCGAAAUGGUCCGCCACAAAAAGGACUUCAAGUCCAACAAUAAAUACUCCAACAAGCCAACGAAAGCGCGCGGCCCGCCUCGUCCCCGCCGCGAAUCCGAUGCUGACGAGGAGCAAGACGCGGCAAACCCUCGACCGGCGAAACCUGCAUUCAAGGCUGCAUGUUGGGAUCUUGGGCAUUGCGACGCGAAACGAUGUUCGGGGAAGCGACUGAUGCGGUUGGGCAUGAUGCGCGAACUACACGUGGGGCAAAAGUUUGCAGGUGUAGUAGUCAGCCCAAAAGCAAGGAAGAUCGUGAGCCGCGAAGACAAGGAACUCAUGGAACAGUACGGCGCCGCCGUGGUUGAGGCGAGUUGGAACAGGAUUGACGAGGUGCCGUUUGGACGUAUAGGCGGGAAAUGCGAACGCCUCCUGCCCUACCUCGUCGCUGCAAACCAAACAAACUACGGUAAACCAUGGCGGUUAAACUGUGUCGAAGCCCUCGCCGCGUGCUAUUACAUCUGCGGACACCCUGAGUGGGCAGAGAGUAUACUGGAGACAUUCAGUUAUGGGAGGGCAUUCUUAGAUAUCAACGCGGCAUUACUCAAGCGCUACGCGGCAUGCGAGAACGAGGAGGAGAUUAAGAAGGCGGAGGAGGCGUGGCUGGAGAAGAUUGAGAAUGAGUGGAAGGAGCAAAGGCAGGAGGGCGCGGAGGAGGACGAGUGGGCGGGCGGAAAUAUGAACAGGAGGAUUAUCGACGAGAGCAGCGAUCAAGAUGAAGAUGAAGAAGGAGAAGGAAAAGAGGACGAGGACGAAGAUGAAAUCGACCCGCGCAACCCAUACGACCUCCCCGAGUCCUCGGAUGACGAAGAGGAAAUGGCGGAGUUGAGAAGACGCGUUCUCGCCUCGAAACCCUUUGCCAACCCCGCACCCAAAGACGACGAGGACGAGGAUGAGAAGAAGGCACCAGAGCGCAUACCUCGAACCGAGCCUGCGCUGCCGAGUAACUCCAAAGAGGCCAAAGAGGAUGACAGCGAUCCGCCAGCGGAGGAUGCGGGAGAUGACGAAUUCGAUAACUUUAUGGCUGCACAGCCAACGACGGAUCGGACAGGUAUAACGAGCACGCAGAGAUCGAAGGCUAUGGACAAGACGUACAAAGCUACAUUUUCGAGUGCGAAAGUGAAGGCACCGAGCAAACAGGGCUACUGAUAGAAGUAGAAGUAGUAAUAGUGCGAAUAUAUCGAGCAUGGCGGAGAUGAGAUGGAUAUGCUUCAUCCUCAUUAUAUCUUCUUGCACUCUGCAAUGUGCUCUCUUCUUUACUUGAGAGAUUCGUAUUCUGUCUCACAGUCAUCGCACCCAGCAGUCUAUACGCCACGACUUCUACGUGUUCUCCUGCCUGCCUGCUUGUAUGCAUCCGUCCAUACCCCUCCCCAACUCGGAACUUGCCAGUUUAAAGCAAUAUCAUCAUCCCCUUCACACAAUGAGGAGAGUUACUUAUUAUGUCAAUGCCGUUGUAUGUCACUGUGUUUCUGG